UUGCCUCCUCUCUGUUAGGCUGAUGCUGCAGGGAGUUAUCAGACAGCUCCAUUGUAUCUGCAGUUCCCUUUAGCCCCUGUAAACAGGAGCGGUCUUCCUAUCAUGCACGCUUUGAAGGAAGCAGACAUGGACACCAUCCACAACUUCGGUGUGAGAAGCACGCAGUACCUGCAGGAGAAUUACGCCGACGCACAGGGAUGGUUCCUCUUUGUGUCGUCAGCUGCGGACUUGCGCACAGCCUUCCUUAUCCUCUUCCCUCUCCUGUUCCACCUUCAUCCUGCCACGGGGGUCAAGCUCGUGUGGGUGGCUGUCUUGGGGGACUGGCUCAAUCUGGUCUGUAAGUGGCUGCUGUUUGGAGAACGUCCCUACUGGUGGGUUCAGGAGACAUCCUUUUAUGGCAACUCCACUAUACCACAAAUCAAACAGUUCCCCAUGACCUGUGAAACUGGCCCAGGCAGUCCCUCUGGUCAUGCUAUGGGGGCUGCAGGAGUCUACUAUGCUCUGAUCACCUCUGUCCUCAACGCCUUCCUCCAGCACUGUGGCAGUCCAGCAAAGAGCUGGUGCACAAAAAUACUUGUGUGGACAGUCUUCUGGGUCAUGCAGAUCUGUGUUUGUCUGUCCAGAGUAUACAUCGGCGCGCACUUCCCCCAUCAAGUAGCCAUUGGAGUUGUUGUCGGUAUUGCUGUGGCUGAGGGCUUGAGCCGAGCCCACUGGAUCCUUUGUGUCAGCUUCAGAGGCUACGCCCGUCUCACUGUCUUCCUGCUGGCCUUUGCACUGGGCCUCUACGUCCUGCUCAACGCUGUCGCCGUAGACCUGCUCUGGAGUCUCGCCAAGGCCCAGCGGUGGUGCGCCAAGGCGGCGUGGGUGCGUCUCGAGACCACGCCGUUCGCCAGCCUCCUCCGUAACACCGGCAUCCUCUUUGGGCUGGGCACGGCCCUGCACCUGCCCGUGUGGGAUACGGCCGUCGGGUGGAAGAGUGUUAAGUGUGGACGGAUGAGUGGUGCCCCCUUCAGACUGACCUGUGCAAGUGCAGCCAUCUUGCUCUUGAACGCGUUGGAUGCUAUUGGGCCUCCGGUUCACAGCUAUCCACUUUUCUACCUGCUCUCUUUCUGUAAGAGUGCCACUGUGCCCCUGACGACUGUUACCAUUGUACCCUACUGUGUAGCCAGGGCAAUGAAAGCUGUUGCCUGGAAAGGAGGACAAAACUGAGAGUGUAAAAUGGCGCUGCACCUAAGAGAGAGAGAGAGAGAGAGAGCCCACCAAACAGGAUUGGAAAAGUGUGAGAAAUGAAAGCUGAAGCUGAGUGCUGGAUUGUGACUGGCAGUGCACAAUGCUUUACUCGUUUGGUGCUGAAGCAAACCAGAAAAGUACACUGAAUGUGACAUUGACCUUGUUGUGCCGUACCAAUAAGGUGUCAAAACAGUUCAUUACUUUCACACACACAAUACAUUUAGACAAAACAUUAACUAACUACCUCAUUUCAUGCAGAAAUGCAUGGGCCAGAGAAUGUAUAACAGGACCACAGUAAUGUUUUCCAUGAAAAACAUGAACCUUGGUAGUGGAGGACAGCUCCCAUCUGCUUGCUUUGCAACAUAAACUGUUUUGUCAGAUUAUCUUCAAAAUGCAUCAAAUUCACUUUUAGGCUAGGCCUACAUCUGAUUUCCCAGAUCUGUACCAGGAGAGUGUUCUCCCUCUUUUGCUGUUCAAUGUCUGUAUGGAUGGUAAAAUUGUGAAAAUGUGACACCACAAUUGGAUUUAAUAUUGUCUGAAUAAAUGUUUCUGGUUCUGACACAUGAAGGACAUUAAAUAAAGAUGUCUGUCAGUCAGAUGCGUCACAG